AUGGGUAAUGGUCCAAUGAUUCAAGCUGCCUUUCCUGUGCAUCCCAGACUGGGAGUGCCCUUCCCACGAAGAUCCAUCAUAUCUUUGUUCAGAUCAUUCUCGACCAGAGAAACAGCAGGGUCAAACACACUAGAACAGCCACGGUCGCUUCCUACCAGCGGGUUCGAAGUCCUCGAGUCGGAUCGUCCGGUGGAAGAGAAGGAGUUGCAUGAGUACCGCGAACAUCGAUUCUAUCCAGUUCGAAUGGGUGAGAUUUUCCAAGAUCGCUACCAAGUAGUUACAAAGCUCGGGUUUGGUAGUUGUUCGACUAAUUGGCUGGCUCGUGAUCUGAGAGAUCAUCUGUAUGUCGCACUGAAGGUGUAUGUGAAUAGCUCAUUGGUGCACCGCGAACUUCCAUGUUAUCAUCAUAUCUCCCCCCGGGUGGCAGAGAGUUCACAUCAAGGACGAGGCAAUAUAAGGAGGUUCUUAGACUCCUUUGAAAUCACCGGUCCACAUGGCAAACAUAUCAUUCUUGUCCUUGAAGCAGCACAGAUGAGCCUCUUCGACAUGAAACAUGUAUUUCAACCAAAUGGAUUUCAUGAAGAGGUCGUAAGAGGCGCCAUGACUGAGCUGCUUGAGGCUUUGGACUUUCUACAUACCGAAGGAGAGGUUAUCCAUACCGAUGUCCACUACGGCAAUAUGCUCCUAGGCAGCCCCGAUAACAACAUGUUUCACAGACUCGAAGAAGGAGAAAUGACAUCGCCGGUGACCCGCAAGCCAGUCUCACCUGAUCGGACCAUCUAUCUCUCGCGCCUCAUAGCGACUAUUCAGGAUGGCCCAUUGCUACUAUCUGACUUUGGCGAGGCGGCGAUCGGGCCAGGGCCACACAGCGGCGAGAUUAUGCCUCGUGAAUAUCGCGCGCCAGAAAUAUUGCUUCAUGUAGAAUGGAGCUAUCCAGUUGAUGUUUGGAGUGCUGGUCUCACGGCGUGGGAACUCCUUGAACCAAAUAGGCUCUUCACAGCGCGUGACGAAAAUGGCGAUGCGAAUGAUGCUGCUCACCUCGCUCAGCUGAUUGCCGCGUUGGGACCACCACCUAGGGAAUUCCUAGCCAAAAAUCCGGAGAGGAAAUCUGACUUUUGGGAUGACCAAGGGGAGUGGUUGGGCGCUGCACCCAUUCCGCACGCGCGGACAUUGGAGGCUUUGGAGACUGAAUCAGAAAAUAAAUCAGGCUUCCUCCAGUUCUUGCGAAAGGCUCUGACCUGGAUGCCCGAGGAGAGAGCAACGGCCAAGGAACUUUUGCAAGACCCUUGGCUGACAGGUAAGCAAAAUUAG